AUGAGGACCAUACCUAAGUGGGUAAACAAAAUUCAUGAAGCGGAUAAGACUGAAUUUUCAAGUGUUCACACAAUAUGCUUCAGUCCAGACGGCACACAACUUAUAGUCGGAGCAGGAGAAAAGGUCAUGGUAUAUGAUCCUAGAGAUGGAGCACUAGUGCAACUUUUGCAAGCUCAUAAAGGACCAGUACAUGCAGUGGCAUAUUGUAAUGAUGGAAAAAAAUUUGCUAGUGGAAGUGCAGAUAAAAAUGUUAUUAUUUGGACAUCUAAGAUGGAAGGAGUUCUCAAGUAUUCACACAGUGAAUCUAUACAGUGUUUAGAAUACAAUCCAGUAACAUAUCACUUGGCUUCCUGUGCUCUAUCAGAUUUUGCAUUCUGGUCAGCUGAUGUAAAAGCUGUACAAAAGCACAAAGUAUCAGGUCGUAUCACUAGUUGUGCCUGGGCACCUACAGGACAAUAUUUAGCUAUUGGCUUAGCAAGUGGAGCUGUUUCUUUACGAAAUAAGAUGGGCGAUGAAGUUCAAAGAAUAAAUAGAGAUGCUGCUGUUUGGGCAGUGGCUUUUUCAAAAUCUACUAUAUUAGUGACGGAUUGGAAUGAUAGUCUUUCUUUCUAUGACACUCAGGGCCAACAAAUUUUAAAAGAUAGAAAUAUUGGGAUGUCGGCUAUGUCAAUAUCAGUAUUAGGUGCUCUAGUUUUAGUCGGUGGUGUGGGGGGUUGGGCUGUCCUAACCUCUGAAGGCGUAUCCAUAGUUUCUACUCCCUUGGAAUGGGUGUGGUGUGUUGCGCCUUCCUCUACAUUGAAUACUCUUGCAGUGGCAUGUCAGGACGGUUCUCUUUGGUAUUACCAAGUAGCAUUCAACACGGUGCAUGGCCUGUACCGUGAGAGGUACGCGUAUAGAGAGAACAUGACCGACGUCAUCAUACAACACUUGACUACUGGAAACAAAGUCCGGAUUAAAUGUCACGACAGGGUGCAGAAGAUCGCCAUUUAUAAAAAUCGCCUUGCGGUCCAGUUACCAGAAAGAGUGGUGGUAUAUGAGCAGGGAGAUUUAGAUGGCAUGCUGUAUAGAGUCAAGGAGAAAUUAGUGCAGAAAAGUGAAUGCUCCCUCCUAGUUACUACCAGUGAAGCUUUAUUAUUGUGUCAAGAUACAAAGUUGUCCAUGAUUGGUGCUGCAAUGCCAAAAUCCUGGACCGUUCCUUCUCCGAUUCGCUACGUGAAAGUGACUACGUUAUAUUUUGAAGAAGUCUUGCUGCUAGGUUUAUUAAAUGGACAAAUAUGGCAAGUGCAGCCAAAUAUAGGUGGUGCAAAGAUGAUCCUCCAAACUCCGAAUAACGUCCGUUGUGUAGACGUGAGCGCGUCCCGCAGCCGCCUGGCCGUCGUGGACGAGGCGUCCGUCUGCCGCGUCUACAGCCUGAUCGACGGCGAACUGUUGUACACGGAAGAAAACGUGUCAUCCGUCUCAUGGAACUCUUGGUGCGAUGAGCUGCUGUGUCUCUCCGGAGCGGGGCUGCUUUCCAUUAAAGCGGGUCAGUUCCCGCCCGCCACACAACCCUUGGUUGGCUCGGUUGUGGGCUUUCAAGGCGGACGAGUGUUCUGUUUGCAAGCAAAUGCCAUGCAAACAAUCAAUGUGCCUCUCUCGCACGCGGUGCACCAUGAAGCGUAUGCGGUAGCCUGCCUCGGUGUGACGGCCUUGGACUGGGAGAGGCUUGGUACUGCAGCGCUAGAGGAGCUUUCCUUCGAAGUAGCACGCAAGGCGUUUCAACGCAGUGAGAACAUUAGUUUUCUCACGCUUAUUGACCAAUUACAGGAGCGUAUGGAAAAUGGGGAGAAGCGAGCGGUGAUAGCAGGCGAGGUGAUCGCACACUGCGGGCGGUACGCGGACGCAGCACGAGCUUUCCGCAGUGCGGGUAGGGACGAUCUCGCGCUCGCCCUGUACCUGGAUCUACGCAUGUUUAACAAGGCACAGGAGUACACGGGUGAGGGCGAGGGCCUGGCGAGCCUGGCGCGACAGCGGGCGGAGUGGGCGCGUCGUGUCAACGAGCCGCGCGCCGCCGCAGAGAUGUACCUAGCGGCGGGGGACGUGCGCCGAGCCGCGAGGCUGCUGGCGGAAAGUGGGCGACGUGAUAUGUUAAUAGAAUUAGCGAGAAAAAUGGAUAAAGGCUCAAGCGAAUCUCUACGUCACGUGGCAGAGGCACUAAUCACCGUAGGCGAGUACCCGACGGCGGGCGACGUGUAUCAACGCCUUGGAGAUUAUAAGAAAGUGGCGCAACUGGCAGUAUCAGCAGGCGAGUGGUCGCGAGCUUUCACACUCGCCCGUGAACAUACUGAGUGCAGGCAAGAAGUCUAUUUGCCCUACGCGCAUCGCAUGGCACAGGAGAACAAAUUUGUUGAAGCACAAAAAGCUUAUCACAUGGCAGGUGACGCGACCACGGCAAUGCGCGUUUUCACCGUUUUAGUAGGUAACGCUGUGAACGAGGAGCGUUUUAACGAUGCCGGGUACUUGCACCAUCUAUUGGCCUCACAGUGCUUAGAUUCAGCGAUCUCUAAUGAUAAGGAGCACGGUGCCGACACACUGCUGCAUCAGUUCGCGCACAACGAGCGGCUCGCGCGCGUGUACCACGCGUACGACGCGGUGCACCGCUGCGUGCACGAGCCCUUCUCCCUGUCGCAGCCGGAAGCGCUGCUCAACGCGGCGCGCUACGUACUCGCGCUGCUGGACGCGACGCCGCCCACCGGGGUCUCCAUGUUGUAUCCUUUAUGUCUAUAUGACAGA